GCCCAGGGCGGCCCGACACCGACCCGACCUACUGAUACAUGAUGCGCACCAAACAUCAAUGCAGACUGCAGAGUGCGCACGUUCGGUCUCUCACAUGUCACAUCCUCUUUAAAUACAUAUAGAUGCAUGCAAGGGCAUUGACUCCGAAGAAGGGCACUGUGGUUUCCUGUGGCUGUCUCCUCUUGCGGUCCAUCACCAGCCACAUCAGCCCCCCCUAAGCCAGCUCUCAGCAUGCACCGCACCGUCGUCCUCGCCGCACUGGCCAUGAGCACCACUCUCGUCUUGGCGUAUUCAAACCGGGUCUUCCUCAUCCGACACGGCGAGAAGCCGGCGGACGACGACACGCCGGGGCUGUCGAGCAUGGGCGAGCAGCGCGCCAAGUGCCUCGUAAACGUCUUCUCGCAGUCCAAUGGCUAUAACAUCGGCUACAUUAUGGCACAGCAGUACAAGGUCGACGGUUCAAGGGACAGGCCGUACGAGACGGUCGAGCCGCUCGCCGAGUCGCUCGGCCUCAAAGUCGACACGUCGUGCGACCGCGACGACCCCGUCUGCAUCAAGGACGCUGUGAGCGACUUUGCGGAUCACUCCGACGCUGACGUCCUCAUCUGCUGGGAGCACGACGGGCUUUCUGGCAUCUCGAAAGACCUCGGAGACGAAUUCGACUACCCAGGUCGCCACUAUGACCUCAUUUACGAGAUUUACAACAAGAAUCUCACGUCCGGCUCUCCAUACAGCGAGGACUGCUCUGGUUUGGACGAGUAGGUAGCUGGGCCGAAUGCAUCCCAUGGCCCCGACAUAUGGCCAUUCCAAAAGCAUGUGGCACACAUUGCGCACUACCGCUCAC